UGUGAAUCAAGGAAAUGAUAGUUUAAUUUUAAAAUUGUGCCAUUUGAUUUAAUCGAGAGCAGAUUAAAAUGAUUUUAUGUUUGUCAAUGACUGUUAAUAAAUUAUAUUUACUUCGAAUAGUGGCACAGAUCUGAGUUUCUACGUCCCCGUCGUCUGUGCUGUUCACUUUGCGUGCCAGUCUGUGAGUCUGUACUUGUAUUUGUGUAUACCUGUGCUGUCGGCUGCGCAUCAAAGGCCAAGCGAAACUCUUAUAAAACUGCGUGUUGUUUUAAGCUUUAGUCUGUGAGUCUGUACACGUCACUUCAGUGCGUGUAUUGUCGGCUGAUCUUGAAAAGGCGCUUAGUUUACCGAUUACGAAUAAAAUACUUUUUUUUUGGUUAGGAGCAAAGUUUUGCUGCAAAGAGUUCUUUAUUUGUCCAUAAUUCACCAUGGGCCUGAUUGAAUUAGAUGGUUUUGUGUACAGAAUACACAAUGUUCCAGGCGAUGGAAACUGUAUGUUUUCUUCCUUAUCAACUUGUCUUUACGGACACAUUUUACGAGGUCCAGAAAUCAGAGAACGAGUCGUUGCAUAUGUUUGUGACAGAUGGGACGAACUUCAAUGCCGUACUUCCAAAAGCAACAACAAGCCUUAUGAAUGUUUGCUUGAAUACCGUAAGUUUGCAUGCAGUUAAAAUUAAGCUUUCAAAACUGUUCGGUUUCGUUACUAACACAAAAAUUUUUAUGAUUGCAGGCGAAGCCAUGCUGGCUUCGGGAACGUGGGGUGAUGCCGCAGAGCUAACGGCAGCGGCCUGCAUCUUUGAAGUCCACAUAACUAUUGUUGAAAGAAAAGGGAGCAUUGUUUCAGCACAAUUUACACCAGAAGACCAUGCCAGCAAACAUUCUUCUAUUUUUCUGUAUUUUGAUAGGGGGCGGCAGCAUUACAGUGCUCUUAUCCACGAACCCAAUCCGAUGGAAGUUUCACAACCAAGUGACACUCCCUGCAUCAAAGUUGACUUGCCAACGCCCCCUUCUUCGCAGGAAAACUUUUCUGACCAUGAGCCCACAGUGACAGGGCCCAUACGAAUUGGAGCAGAAGGAAGCCGCUCUUGCUCAGUUAAACUUCUGUCAGGUCAAGUGACAUCGAGGCAUUCUUUGGAAAUGGCUCACGGUACGUUCAGGACACACCACAUGUGGGCCCUCAUGUAUGCCAACGAGCCUGUGGAAAAAAUUGAACGGAUAAAUCUGGGUGGACUGACAGCUUCUUGUCCGACUUGUGGGGCUAUUUACUGGCAGGCAGAGCACCUCGCUAAUGUGCGAUGCAACGAGCUGCCCUUCUGGUGUUGCGGCAAAACAACAAAAACGCUUCUUUCUGAAACGGCAACGUUUUCACCGAUAGAAGACGAUUAUAUACGUGAAUUGUACUAUGGGAGCUCAAAGUGUGCUGAACACUUUCGAAAAAACAUACGUUCGUAUAAUGCUGUGCUUAGCACUGCUAUGCCCAGAGUAGCUUAUAACAAAGCAGGAAAGACGGCAAAGACCGUAACCGUUGGUGGUUCUAUUUGUUUUAAUGCGCCUUCCUGUCCAAAUAUUCAGGAUUCAGGCCUACCUGCACAUCACGGUCAACUCUAUUUUCUAGAUAUGACGCGGGAUACGGUUCAGAAGAGAAUGAGUGCGUCAACGAACAGGGAAAUACGAGAAGAUAUUUUAAGUGAACUUGAAAAGUACCUGAGAGCACACAACGGUUUAGUUCGAACUUUUGAAUAUGCAAGCCAGGUUCAGAAACGAAUACAGCUAGAGGAAGGCGAGGACUCUGCAUCACGUGUUGCCGUUGUUGUAAAUCCUCAUCGAAAUGGCAUGCGUGGGACCGGGAGAGAGCUGUUAACAAACGAGGCACCAGACCUUCUACGCCCAAAUGACUCCGAGUGUGUUGCAGCUGUUAUCGUAGGGUCUGAGAUACGCUACUCAUACGAUAUGGUCUUCCAUCUUCGUGCGAGGACACACAAGGACCCUUUGUACAUGGAAGUGCACUUGGCCAGCCCAACGCUCGAUAUGAUGCUGUAUCCGUUGAUCCAUCUUCACGCUGAAGAUUCUUGGGUCCAAAGGGUCAUUGCAGAUAACAGAAAAAGGAAAAGAAACGUGGAGAUGGGCACUUUACGGGAAUACUACAGCUCUCGAAUUAUGAUGCGAAGAGGCCAGGAUAUUCUCUUUCGCUGUAAAGGAUUGUUUCAGCAGUAUCUUCUUGACGCCGCUCUCAAAAUUAUGGAUUCGAAUUUGAAUUAUUUUAGAGACAACCAAGAUGAACUUCAAGUUUGCCAAUACGAUACUCUCAAAAGGUACACUGAAUCGGUUGCAAAAAAAUACAAUAAGCAGCCUGGUCGGACCGUGUUAAUGCCAAAGGGAGAGCAGAAAAGUGAGCGGUCUAUGUACAAUUACUACAUGGACUCUGUUCGGAUCGCUAUGGAAUAUGACCCACCGACUCUUUUCAUUACCUACACGGUAAACCCAAGGUGGCCUGAAAUUGUACAGGGUCUUAGUGAGCGUAAUUUAAAGCCUGAUGAAUACAUGGAUGCUCCCGACAUUGUUGUGCGAGUCUUCCUUGCUCGUCUCAACGUCUUUUUGAGUGACAUUAUCCACAAGUCCGUCUUUGGACGAGUCAAAGCGUACAUAGGGGUAACAGAAUUCACUUCGACCAUGCUCCCCCACUAUCACUUGGCAGUCAUGUUGCAUCCCGUCGACCGCCCAGAGUCUGCGUGCGAGGUUGAUGCAUUGCUGAGUGCUGAGAUCACUGACCCUGAAACAGACCCUGAAGGCCAUGAACUUGUUGUGGCAGUCAUGAUCCAUCGUCCAUGUGAUGGUUCUUCAGAGGGUUACAAGCCCAUUUGCCGCCCAAAUGGAGGACCGUGUAAACACGGGUUCCCUAAACCGUUUCGGUCGUUCACACAUGUAAACAGGAAUGGUCACAUCCCAAGGCGAAGGAAAACUCGUGGGUUCUUCCACGCUAAAUUUAAGUGCAUGGUCGACAACCGGUGGACGGUGGAACACAAUUUAAGAAUAUUGAAAAGGCAUGGUAACCACGUCAACAUUAGAUGCUGUUCAGAAACUAUAUUCUUUAAGUACCUAUUUAGCUACAUGCAAAAAGAAACGCAUGGACAGCACAUGCAAGGAAGUGUGUUACGGCACGCUCUGGGAAAAGGUGAGGACGUCUUGCAUUGGGACGAAAUUGAGGCAUUCAAGGAACUGCGAAUAAUAGGAGCCUAUGAGGCCGUUUACAGAAUUCUAGGAAGGUCUUUUGUUGAUAUGAGCCACAAAGUAGAGUCCCUACCUAUACAUCUGCCCGACAUGCAACAGGUUUAUUACAGGGGGGAUCCCGAGCUUGCCGCUCGAUAUGAAAACAGCAAGCUGCUAGCCUUCUUUAAAUUAGCGGAAGAAGAAGACGACGUAAAGUCAAUGCUUUAUCAGGAUAUUAUUGCACAUUUCAAGUGAGUCGAAAAUGCAUUCUUUUGUCUUUUGCGUUGAGCUUAUUUUGUUUUGUUACACUGCUAACAGUUAUUUUUUGUUACAGAUGGGAGUCAGGGAAAUGGAAACGUCUUAGUAGGAGUGUCCCAGCCCUUGGCCGGAUGAUGCACGUAAAUCCAUCACUUCGGAACAGAGAACUCUACCACCUACGCCUGCUUCUCCUUCACAUUCGUGGACCUACAUCAUUUCUGCA